AUGUAUUAUCUUCUCCUUUUUGUUACCUCUUUCUUUUACUUGGGCUCAGGUAUUGAGGGAAGUGAUGAUGAAGCCCUGGGGACAGGGGAGCAGGAUGAAGAACUCAGUAGAUGGGAGCAAGAACAGAUACGGAAAGGAAUCAACAUACCUCAGGUUCAACCAAGUCAGCCUGCUGAAGUGAAUAAUCUGUACUACCAGAACACUUACCAGACACUGUCCUAUGGUUCAUCGUAUGGCAUUCCAUACACUUAUGCUGCGUAUGGAUCAUCGGAAGCCAAGUCUCAAAAAACAGAUAAUACGGUUCCUUUCAAAACUCCCAGUAAUGAGAUGACUCCUGUUACUAUUGAUUUGGUAAAGAAACAGCUUAAAGACAGGUAGGACAGACCAUCUUUCUAGACUUAAAGACCUGUCCCCUAGCUUUCUGUUCCUCAGGCACCUUUUAGUGUCGGUGAGCAAAUGCAGAGUUUCAUCGCUGGAAAAGUACUGACUGGCGCAUCCAUUA